CGGGAAACUGCCGUCUUUAAACAACAUGGCGCCAAUGUGUAAGAGUUGUUGAGGUUGUCAUUUGUGUUUUAUGCACAUGCUGACAUAAUUGUCGCCACAGCGGGACAGACAUGGCUUCGACAGAGUACACAAAUGUCGACUGCCAAUCAGUUAGCGAUUUGCAAGCAUUGUUGUGGGGAGUUGGACUAAAGGACGAGGUUUUCUCCAGGUGGACACAGGGUUUGGUAUUCAGUGAUGAUGAAGCCACUGCCCUGAUACAGUAUGAAGGGGGACCCUGUGCUGUCAUUGCGCCAGUGCAAGCUUACCUCCUCAAGAGAAUUCUGUUCUCACCCACUGCCAAACCCAGCAUUACAGAUGUAACAGGUGAGGAGGCUUCAGAGUUUCUUUUUGAGGCUUUGUUGGAGAUGGUGUCUCAGGUGGCUCAAGAAAACUACACCCUCGUGUGUAUGGACGACUGUGACCUGGAGGCCCACACAUCAGCAGCUGACUCCCAGGAAACAGGCCAGCGUAGUCCCAAGAGGAGAAAGCUGGAUCAGGAGACAUUCCAUGCCAAGCUCAAAUGUAUAAAAUGUACUGAGGAAAAUCAUUUGAGGAUAUCCCUGAAGAAACUCUUCCAUCAGUACCAGGGAGACUACGGUGUACUGUUGUAUCUGUAUUCCAUAUUAUUAACCAAGGGAAUACAACAGGUAAAGAAUGAGGUGGAGGAUCCCUCAGAAGCUCUCAUAGAUGGCACAUACGGCCAUGGAAGCCAGAGUUUGAUCAAUCUCCUCCUAACGGGCAAAGCCAUCUCCAACGUGUGGGACAAUGAUAAGGAUGUGUCUGGUUUACGACUGCAAGGCAUCAAGAAACAAUCCCCUGUGGGCUUCCUUACGUUGUUGGAGCACCUGCGCUACUGUGAGGUAGGCUGGUUCCUGAAGAACCCCAAAUACCCAAUUUGGAUUUUAGGAAGUGAGACACACCUGACAGUCCUGUUCACAAAGGAGCAGAGCCUAGUGACACAAGAGAGUCCUGAGUUAAAUGCUAAACAUAUAUUUUCAAGAUACGACCCAGAGGGCAAUGGUUUUAUCUCAACAUCUAUGCUGGAUGAGGUCCUCAGUGCUCUAGAUCUUGUCUCUGAGAAGGAAUAUGUUGAUAUAAUGAAGACAAAAUUAGAUGCCGAAAACCUUGGCAUCAUAACCCAACACAGUUUCAUGCAGGAAUUCUUUCCGGGACAGGUUAUACAAGAUGUUCCUAGGAAUUUCACCCUGUUUCACUACAAUGGCCUUGCAAGGUCAUGCUCCCAUGGAAAGGUUGUUUAUCAAGAGGCAUCAGUGAGACUAGAAGAUGAGUUAGAAGUACAGAUAGUAACUGAUACCUCUCCAGUCAAGUGCUGUUUGCAGACAAAAUGGCCAACAAUAGAACUGACAUGGAAGUCUGGUUACACUCCCUCCCUGAACUGAUCAGAAACCUCUUGUUGAGGUGGAUGUUAAGUUGCUGCUCAACGUCGGGUGUUUCAUGGAGAUCUGAAGCCAUGUUGUGUAAUUGAUGAUCUGUCAUUGCUGGCAGCAUGUGACCAACAGAGAAGGAGGGUAAUGGUUAACUUGCCGGCUUCCUCAGAACAACACUCACAAGAAGACAAGGAGACAGAUCCUGUACCAGAAUUCCUGUACACAUAGCUGUUUCACUAAAGUCUUCCAAGCACACUACAAUAAUCCUCACCCCUAAAGGCUGAAUGUCAGGGCUGAGAACAGAAUACUGUUUUGGGGUGGUAUUACAUCACAGCCUGUUUGUGAAACAAUGUUAUAACUACUGAAUUGUCUUUUAAAUUUGGACAAGUUUACUACAGCAGUUCAUUUCAGCAUUUUGUUGUAGUUAAAUAGCACUUGUCAAACUAAAAUGUGAUGUUAGUAUCCAGCCUGCAAUACCUAGUGUAGUGAGAAGAAAGAUUUCCAUCUUGUUUGUCAGAUACAGAAUAUGCCUUAUUGCGUGACACACAUGGUCUAGAGCAAAAUAUUCAGUGUAUCAUAAUACAUAAGUUAUUCUGUUGUUAUUCUUAUGCAUGUAUUUUUGUUGAAACAUUUUAUUAAUUAUGAAUCAAACCUAGCACAGUGUCAUAUGAUCUGAGAAAGUAAGAGAUUUUGUCUUCACUUGUGAUUGAAAUACACUCUGUACAUCUAGGCCAGUUUCUCACUGUUAUGAUCAAUAAAGGGCAAAAUUUAUUUUUCUUGUAAUCAAUUAUGAAUAGCUUAUUUAUAUGGGAAUGAAUUUAAAAAAUGUGUGGCAUGUUUUCAAGGUAAUGAAAUCAAGGAACAGAUUGUUUGUACUGCAAUCUUAAACCAAUCUCAUUGGUUACUGAUAUGUUGUUGCUGACUACUUUCUGUGAGAGGUCAUAGUAUUCUGUUUGACAUUGCACCUCAUUUAUAUGAUUUGAAUACUGAGGUUGUUAGGCAAUCCAUCAUUUGUCUGUAUGUUGGGUGUCGUAUUUUCAGCUGGAGACACUGUUAACAUUCAUGGUUAAAUUCCACUACUCUGUUCUUGAAGGAUAGAAAUGGUAGGCCCUUGAAGAUCAAAGGUACUUGACGUAGAAGAGUAUUUCUUUAUAAUAAUGUUUCGAUAUACACUAACAAACGAAGAGCUUCAAGGACAGACCUCGUCUGCAGCAAGAAUAACUUCAUGAUACUCAUUAUUUUCUAAUUCUGUUUUGAUUGUUUACUCUUAAAGUAAGUGCAUCUAUGUCUUCAAACUUUGUACAAAUAUUUUACAGCAGUAAAUAUUCUUUUACAUCUAAA